UUAAUCUUUAUAUAUAUAGUUGUUAUUAUUUUGAAACAAAGCCCAGAUAUAUCAUUUCAUACAAAAGAUAAAGACUUCAAGGUCAAUACUUGAAUUUUAUAUAUUCAAUAUAAAAUAACAGUAAUAACUUCCGAUCAUCAUUGGUUAAAUUUCUUAAUAUCAUCAAAUAUCUAGUCAGGACUCAAAAUUUAAUGAGUAUCUCAAAGAUUUUUUUGUCUUUUUAAAUUAAGGUCCAGACAAGGUCCAUACUUUACAUUUGGUUUCUGUAUCUCGUGAACCUCUUAAUUGUCUCUAGUGUUACUUUAAAUGGUCACCUGCCUUUUCAUCUCUUGGAGGUUCCAUAACUUAUUUUCUCAGUCCUCAGUGAUUAGGCAUUUUGAUUAUUUUCAAAAUUAUGGUGUUAAAGACAAAUCUGUGAUGAAAUUUCCUUCAGUUAAGUCUCUGCACACAUCCAUGAUUAUUACCUUAGGAAAAAGUUCUAGAAGUGGCAUUGCUGGUCAAAUGACAAAGACAAUUACCAAUGAAUUAACAACUAAUUCAUUUUAUAUUCAGCCACUGAAGAGUGAUUAAUACAGCCUGGUCUCUGAAGACUCUUCUGUACCCCCACCCCACCCCCAAUUGGUUUCCAAAGAGAAACAGAAAAUGAUGGAGUCCCAGGAACUAGUGACCUAUGAAGAUGUGGCUGUGGACUUCACCCAGGAGGAGUGGCAGCGUCUGGACCCUGCUCAGAAGAUCCUACACAGAGAUGUGAUGCUGGAGAUCUACAGCCAUCUGGUCUCUGUGGGGUGUUCAGGUAUAAGUCCAGGUAUAAUCUUCAAGUUGGAACAUGAAGAGGACCCAUGGACCAUGAAGAGUGAGUUGUCAAGGUGGAUCCACUCAGACAGGGAGAAAAGCCUUGACUCUUCCCAGCAGAUCAUUUCUGAAGAACUUUCAUUUCAAAAAGAGAUAUUGGAAAAAGCCCCAAAGGAUAAUUCAUUGUACUACCUUUUAAAAGUUUGGCGUAUUGAUGGUCAGACACAUAAAUAUCAGGGAAACCAAGACAGAGUUUUGAAGCAAGUCACAGUCAUUAACCAUGAAACAUUGACCAAGGAGAAAGGCCCCAAAUAUAACACACUUGGAAACAGUUUUGGUGGGUGCAUAAACCUUGAUCCUUCAAGUAAAAAACUCCAUAAUUUUGAUUUAUGUGAAAAGAACUUGGAAUCUAAUUUAGACUCACUGAUAUGUAAUAGGAGCCAUACAAGAAAGAACCCCAUUGAGAGAUUUGGAUGCAGGAGCCCACCUAGCUUUAGUGAUUCCUGUUCUGUACCUGAGAAAAUUUACACUGGCAUGAAACCUUGUGGACAUGGUCAAUGUGAAAAAUUUCUCAGUCAUAAACAAGUCCAUAUUCAGUAUAAAAAAGGUCAAGCUGGUAAGAAACCCAAUGUUUGUGGUGAGUGUGGGAAAGGCUUUAUUAAGAAGUCACAACUUAUUAUACAUCAAAGAAUUCAUACUGGAGAAAAACCGUAUGUAUGUGGAGAUUGUGGAAAAGCCUUCAGUGAGAAAUCACACCUCAUUGUGCAUCAGAGGAUUCAUACUGGGGAGAAGCCCUAUGAGUGUACUAAGUGUGGGAGGGCCUUCUCCCAGAAGUCACCCUUCAUUGUUCAUCAAAGAGUCCACACUGGAGAGAAACCCUAUGAAUGUUCUGAGUGUCAAAAAGCCUUCUCUCAGAAGUCACAUCUCAUUAUACAUCAGCGAGUUCACACUAGAGAGAAGCCCUUUGAAUGUAGUGAAUGUGGGAAAGCCUUCUGUGAGAAGUCUCACCUUUUUAUACACCAGAUAACUCAUACUGGGGAGAGACCCUAUGAAUGUACUGAAUGUGGGAAGACCUUCCCUCGGAAAACACAACUCAUCAUCCAUUAUAGAACACAUACUGGAGAGAAACCCUAUAAGUGUACUGAAUGUGGAAAAACCUUUUGCCAGCAGUCCCACCUCAUAGGGCAUCAAAGAAUUCAUACAGGAGAGAAACCUUAUGUGUGUAAUGACUGUGGAAAAGCCUUUUCCCAAAAGUCCCACCUUACUGGACAUCAAAGGCUUCACACUGGAGAGAAACCUUAUAUAUGUACAGUGUGUGGAAGAGCCUUCUCUCAGAAAUCACCUCUUAUUAUACACCAGAGAAUUCAUACAGGGGAGAAACCCUAUGAGUGUAGUGACUGUGGCAAAACCUUCUCCCAGAAAUCACCCCUCAUUAUUCAUCAGAGAAUUCAUACAGGGGAGAAACCCUAUGAGUGUACUGAGUGUGGAAGGGCAUUUUCCCUGAAGUCACAUCUCAUUAUACAUCAGAGAGCUCAUGCUGGAGAGAAACCAUAUGAAUGUAAUGAAUCUGGAAAGGCCUUAUGUGAGACGUCUCCACUAGCUGUACAUCAAAGAACUCAUACUAGGGAGAAACCCACUGAAUCUGCUGAAUAUGGUAUGGCCUUUUCCCAAAAUUCACAGAUGAUCGCAUAUCAGAGAACACACACAGCAGAGAAACCCUCCAACUGCAGUGACUGUGGGAAGGUGUUCUGCCAGCACAUACACUUCACUGGACAUCAGAACCAACAUAGGAGAGAAACCUCAUAUAAGUACUGAUUGUGGGAAGGUCUUCCCAGAAGUCAGAUCUCACUAUGGAUGAAAAAACUCACACUGAACAGAAAUCCUCUGGGUACAUUGGACAUGAAAAAAAUGUGGCACUUCCUUUACUGUGGAAUAGAUUCAUACAUUCCUACAUAUUUCUGAUUACUCCUCCACAGGAUGAUCUGGUCAGCUCUCAGAAUAUUUUCAACACUGUAAAUAUGUAAUGCACUUGCUCACCUUCAAAGUAUUCCUCCCCCUCACAGAAUAAAUACAUCUGGAAUAA